AUGUCCUUACCAAUCAAAUUAUACACUUUUGGCACUCCAAAUGGACACAAGGUUAGUGUCUUUUUGGAAGUCUUGGGUUUGAAAUACGAAACCCAUAAAGUUGACAUUACCAAAAACGAAAGCAAACUGGACUGGUUUGAGAAAUUGAACCCUAAUGGACGUAUUCCAACAAUCAUUGAUCCAAACUUCAAAGGAGUCGAAGGCGGAUUGGUUUUGAGUCAAACUGGUGCAAUAUUACAAUACCUCGCAGACACUUAUGACAAAGAACACAAGUUUAGCUAUCCAGCAGGCACCGCUGAAUACUACAAGACUUUGGAGUACUUGAUAUUCCAGGUGUCGGAGAAUGGUCCUAUCCAAGGACAGGCUAACCAUUUUGCAGUGUUUGCCAAGGAAAAAGUGCCAUAUGGUAUCAAUAGAUACAUUACAGAUACAAAGAGAAUAUAUGGUGUCUACGAAGACAUCUUGAGCAGAAACAAGGCCAAUGAUUCUAAAUACUUGGUUGGUGAUAGAUACACCGUUGCUGAUUUUGCUUUGUUCACAUGGACAGGUGCAUUGAAACUACUUGAGAUUGACAUUAACCAAUGGCCGUUAUUGACUAAAUGGUAUACUCAAUUGGCCAAGGUACCAGGUGUAGAGAAAGGUAACUCGGUACCAUAA